UACCAUUAUGGAUUUUUUAAUUUCUUUUUGUUUUCUAACUCCAUAAUCUCUGUUUUCUUGUUAUUUUAAUUUCAUUUUUCAAAGGCAAUAAUGAAAAGAUCAGCUAAUAUUUUGCUAAUUACUUUUUAUAAAUCAUUUUCUUUGUUUCCAUUUUCCUCUCUUUCCAGAGAUUCAUGAUGACAACUCCACAGUAUGGAAUAAGUAAAAGCCUCUUCAUUAAAGUGAAUUACACCCUUGAGUAUUAUUGGCGAUGUUUGUAAUAAUAAUAACAAUCAUUAUUAUUCUUAACCCAAGGACAGAUGACUUGAAUCCAAUUGAAUUUGAUAAAGAUACCAAAAGUGAAAGUUGAAAUAAAACCCGGAGGCCAGAAAAGAUAAAGAUGGAUAAAUGAGGUUGAACUUGAUCAAGAUCAAAUUGGUUGACUCGUGAUAGAAGUAUCAAAGAAUGGAAGCUUGAAUUGAACAAUCAACCAACGAUGAAAGCCGAUAUUAAUGCCAUCAUACUCAUUAGCUCAUGCAAAUUAGACAUCAUUUUGAAUAACCAUGAAAAGAGUUAAUGAAUCGUCUAAUUUGUUACAAUUUUCAAUCUCAUCUCAUCUCAAUUUUACCAUUCAUCAUCUUAUCUUUUCUUCAUCAAUAUUUAAUAAUGAUUAUCUUAUAAAUAUCACUCUUUCCAUCGUCAUAUCCCUACUUUGAGCCUAUUGACGGUCGCGCGCUUCAACGAACCCAAAUUUAAACUCGUUCCGAAUAUUAUUACUCCUUCGUCCUCAUCAGCAGCUCCCACCUUCCUCUUCCUCUUCCUUCAUCUCACUCUUUCUCUCUCACUUUUUCUCUCUCAUUCUUUCGUAAUGAUGCCUAAAGAAAAACUUUAUUUCACUUUCAUAAUCAUCAAGUUAAUGAUCUCAGUUAAAUCAAGUGACAAAAAAGAAAACAUUUCGGACAUUUUUCUGGAACCAAGAAGUCGCUGUAUUGACCCUUUUACGACUUAACCCAUGAAAUUAACAUUGAAUUGUGUCCUGAUAUUUCGAUCUCUAGUGAUUCUGUUUGCUUAAAGCCGGAGGAAUUAAGUUUUGCUUGGAUCAUCAUUUAGAGUGUUUUUUUUCAAAGUAACCCGAAAUGUUAAAAGUGCUAUUAACGAUAUGAUUUUUACACCUUACGGUGUUUCAAACUAUGACUACAAUCAAUGGGAAUUUGUGUUUAAUUAUUGUCGUGACUUUUACUUUUCUGUUGUGUAAAGAAUGUCAUUUGGUUAAUUGUGCUCAGUCAGAGUCUAUUUUUUCGAUAGGAUCCAUUUGGCGAAGGCUUCGUGAUUGGACUGGAUUAACAUCCAUAGGUUGGAAUUUACAUCAUGUUCCUUAUGCUCUUCCAUGGCAUUCAUCUGGAUCUUCAACACCUCUAUCAUCCAGUUCGUCAACAAGUUACCGAAUAGACGGAUUUCAUCCAGCCAACCAGCAAGAUUCAAAACACUUGGAAAACAAUGACAAUGAUAAUAAUAUAUUCAGUCCAUUCGGACCUCAUUUACCUUUCAAACUCAAAGAAUCAUUAUCAUCGUUAACCGGACUAUCUGGAGCUAACUUGGUCAAAAUAAUUGAAGACAUGAAAAAUGGUAUAUCUUCAUCAGCUUCGUGUAUGGCUUGUUUCGCGGCAACUGAAUUAUAUCAAUCGCCAAUGUAUUCAAAGAAUGGUCUACAUUCAGCAAUACGGACAACUUGCAACUCAUUGCGACUUCAAAAGCCUGAAGUUUGUAAUGGUAUCGCUCAAAAUUAUGUGGAGGAUCUGGAUUACAUUGGAGUUCACACCAAAUUAACGGCAAAUGAGAUGUGCUCAACCUUAUUGGGUGGUAAUUGUGCUCUUGCUUCGCCUUCAAUAAAAACCAAUUGGUCUCUUCAUCUACCAGACAAGGUUGAACCAAUCAAGUCCUUUUCAAAUCCAAUCAAAUCCAAUGGUCCACUACGAGUAACCAAAAUCUUACAUAUAACUGAUAUUCAUGCUGAUCUCUUUUACUCACCGGGUUCUGAUGCGGAAUGUGGAAGACCUGUUUGCUGUCGCUCACAUGAAACUUUAUCAAGUCCAUCUCAAUCAUUUGAUGAUUCGUUGUCCUCCUCUUCACCUCCAUCAAUAUUAUCAGCUUUAUCAUCUGUUUCUUUUCCCGCCUCACCAUCACCAGCACAGUCAGCUUCACCAUUAGCUUCAGUAACUAGUGGCUCAGUUGAUACCAUAUUUAAAAAAAGGUCAGCAGGAUAUUGGGGUGAUUAUGGUAAAUGUGAUACUCCUAUUGCGACUGUAGUUAGUGCUCUGCAAAAUAUUGCCUCUCAUCACUCUGAUGUUGAUUACUGGCUUUGGACUGGUGACAUUGGACCUCAUGAUAUUUGGAACUCUAGUCGAAAUGAAAUUUUGAACCAUGUUCGUUACAUUACCCAUCUUAUUAAACAAUAUUCAUCUGUACCAGUUUUUCCAGUAAUUGGCAAUCAUGAGGGAUUCCCUGCCAACAGUUUUCCUCCUCCUGGUAUUUCUGGUCAUUUAUCUGCUUCUUGGUUAUAUGAAGUUUUGGCUAUUGAAUGGUCAACUUGGCUUCCAGAAACUGCUCUUGAAACCUUACGAAUAGGAGGCUAUUAUUCCGUUCCUUUGGGUCCAGGCCUUCGAUUGGUAGCCUUAAAUACCAAUUAUUGUGCUCGUCUAAAUCCAUGGACUUUACUCGACCCUCGUGAUCCAGGAGGUCAGUUGAAAUGGCUGGUAAAUCAGCUUUAUGAGGCUGAAAUUCUGGGUGAUAAAGUUCAAAUUGUGGGUCACAUUGCUCCAGACAAUAGGGAAUGCACUUCAUCUUGGGUUGAUAAUUUCAUUGGAAUAAUUGAUCGAUUUCGAGAAACCAUUUCUUCCCAAUUUUAUGGACACACACACAGGGACGAGUUUCGAGUCUAUUAUUCACCAAUUAACAAUUUGCCAAUUGGCAAUGCCUACAUAGGACCUAGUAUAACCUCAUUUAAAGGCAACAAUCCGGGUUACAGGAUUUACCAAACCACUUCACAAGGGAUGGUAAUCAAUCAUGAUACUUAUUUUUUCAAUUUAACCCAAGCCAAUUUGAAUGGUCACUAUGGACCCAUUUGGAGAUUGGGUUAUAAUGCAUUAAUUGAUUUAAAAUUGCCUUCACUUGAUCCAAUCAAUUGGAACUUAUUUAUCAGACGAUUACUUACCAAUGAACAAGAAUUUCAAAGGUUUUAUAAAUUAUUUUCUCGUUUUAGUGAUGCCUCAAUGUACAAACCAUGCACAUUAUCUUGCAAACAAGAAAUUAUCGAUGAGCUUCAAGUUUAUGUUUCAUGGCGUAAAUUACCCAAAGCGUUUCGCAAGAAUCACAGUUGAUUCAUUUUCAAACAAUUUUUAAUCUAACUUAUUCUUAAUGUUGCUUCAUUUACCUUUUUGUAUUUUUCAACCUUUUCCCUUUAAAACUCAUCAAUAAAUUAUAAGUAUAAAUAA